UUUCGUGUCUGACGUUUUGAUAAAAAUAUAGAAGGUGAAUUUGGUUUUGUUUGUAGAAAUUAGUGUGUGCGUUUUUUUUUAGUGGCAUGUGCAAGUGCGGGCAAACAGUAAUGAUAAAGUAAAACUCUGUGAAUACAUAAAGUGUCUUAAUUAUUGUGUCACCUAAUUGUUACUUACAUGUGUACAGAAAAAAGGUAGCAAAAUGGGGCUCCGGAGGCGGACUAUAAUAUUAUUACUUAGUUUUUUGGAAUUUUUCGGAUCCAAACUUUCUGUUUCUGCGCAAGGAUGUUCAGUAGGGGAAGGAGGACCUAUAAGCACAUUAAUCAACGAUAUACAUGAAGGCAUUAUUUUUGAUCUGCAAACUACAGGCAUUACCGGCAUAGAGCAACACACUUAUGGUCUGAAUAUUAAUGAUCCUCCUUAUGUAGACGUGGAAUUUGAGAACUCUCGAUUUGUGAUGAGGACUAAUGAAAGGUUCUCACUAUAUGAGGAGAAUGAGGUUGAGAGAUCAAUAGUCAUCAUUGUGAGAUUCAGAUGCAGUAGCAAUAAUCAUCUUGAUGUGACCACCACGAUACAUUUGCAUGAUACGAACAAUCACGCUCCGAGGUUUAUACCGACGGAUCACUAUCAUUAUGUCCUCGAUGCACCAGUACCACCAGGGUAUCAAGUAACUGGCUGCUUGUCCGAACUAAUUGCUCGAGACGUUGACCUCACAACUGAAAGAAUUAUAUUCGAUAUUGAACAAAAUCAGUUUUUCGGAAUUACUUACAGUUCUGAACUAUCAAAUGAUCGAAGUAAGGAAUUUAUAGCGAUAGUAACUACUAAAACAUUCAUUAGAAAUUUGCCGGAAGAAAUGACAUUAACCAUAACUGCUACGGAUGUCCAUGGUACAGAAGGCGAAGGGUCACAUACAACAAGUGGUAAAAUUACUAUUAAAGGUAAUACAAAUUUCGUGCUGCCCAACGAACCAGUAUUUUCUAAAACUAUAUACAAUGGAAUUUACACAGCCGCUGGCCAAGUAGAACUAGAAGAAUUCAUAUCUCUACAAAAUGGUUAUGACGACCUCGUGCGUUUUUCUGUUGAAGAAACUUACAAGAUCAAUUUUAGGCUUGUCAAACUACCAAACCAGGUAAAUCAGAUUAUGAUAGAAGUACUGGUUCCACUAGAAGAAGAUAUUCUCUUACAAGGAAGCAUCGCUAUAGAAAUAAUAGCGGAACGAGAAUUUACUAGCGGAGCUUCAGCAACAGUGAUCUUGCAGUUACCUCAAGUGGAUCCUGUGCAAUUCGAAAGCGCCCACUACGACGGUAAAAUUGAAAACAACAACCUUCGUCUCUCGCCGCUGUUGCUCAGUCAGGGUUACGAACAUUCCGUUGUGACAGCCAGCUUCGUACAGAGCGAAUAUUCUGCAUUCUUCAGUGCCGUCGUUCAGGACAACAUAGUCACAGUGUCAAUGACAGAAUUAGAUCAGACUGCUAUAGACCAGAACAGCUUCAUCAACCUUCAGAUAGUAGCCACUGCUAGGAGCAGCACCGCGACUGCCGUCAUCACCCUGGAGAUUAUUAAAGACGACAAUAUUACUCCAGUAUUCGAGAAGCCAUUUUACACCGGGACCUAUGAUCCCAACACCCCGACCGGUUUGGCUGUUCAGCCAAUAGUAUUCACACAGGGUUACGAUGGAGUUGAGUCUGUGGUUCUAAGAGGAGAUCACGAAGUAUUCUUCAGAGCGACGCAGGAGGGACCUGUCGUUACAGUACACGUGUCCACUAUCCCGGCGGAACUGUUUGACUUGGGCCGCAUUGUACUAUCCUUGGAAGCCACGAAACCAAGGACUGUGGGGGCCAAAGCUACACUAAUCGUCACCCUACCCACAGUGGUUCCUGUGCAAUUCGAAAGCGCCCACUAUGACGGUAAAAUUGAAAAUAACAACCUUCGUCUCUCGCCGCUGUUGCUCAGUCAGGGUUACGAAGAUUCCGUUGUGACAGCCAGCUUCGUACAGAGCGAAUAUUCUGCAUUCUUCAGUGCCGUCGUUCAGGACAACAUAGUCACAGUGUCAAUGACAGAAUUAGAUCAGACUGCUAUAGACCAGAACAGCUUCAUCAACCUUCAGAUAGUAGCCACUGCUAGGAGCAGCACCGCGACUGCCGUCAUCACCCUGGAGAUUAUUAAAGACGACAAUAUUACUCCAGUAUUCGAGAAGCCAUUUUACACCGGGACCUAUGAUCCCAACACCCCGACCGGUUUGGCUGUUCAGCCAAUAGUAUUCACACAGGGUUACGAUGGAGUUGAGUCUGUGGUUCUAAGAGGAGAUCACGAAGUAUUCUUCAGAGCGACGCAGGAGGGACCUGUCGUUACAGUACACGUGUCCACUAUCCCGGCGGAACUGUUUGACUUGGGCCGCAUUGUACUAUCCUUGGAAGCCACGAAACCAAGGACUGUGGGGGCCAAAGCUACACUAAUCGUCACCCUACCCACAGUGGUUCCUGUGCAAUUCGAAAGCGCCCACUAUGACGGUAAAAUUGAAAAUAACAACCUUCGUCUCUCGCCGCUGUUGCUCAGUCAGGGUUACGAAGAUUCCGUUGUGACAGCCAGCUUCGUACAGAGCGAAUAUUCUGCAUUCUUCAGUGCCGUCGUUCAGGACAACAUAGUCACAGUGUCAAUGACAGAAUUAGAUCAGACUGCUAUAGACCAGAACAGCUUCAUCAACCUUCAGAUAGUAGCCACUGCUAGGAGCAGCACCGCGACUGCCGUCAUCACCCUGGAGAUUAUUAAAGACGACAAUAUUACUCCAGUAUUCGAGAAGCCAUUUUACACCGGGACCUAUGAUCCCAACACCCCGACCGGUUUGGCUGUUCAGCCAAUAGUAUUCACACAGGGUUACGAUGGAGUUGAGUCUGUGGUUCUAAGAGGAGAUCACGAAGUAUUCUUCAGAGCGACGCAGGAGGGACCUGUCGUUACAGUACACGUGUCCACUAUCCCGGCGGAACUGUUUGACUUGGGCCGCAUUGUACUAUCCUUGGAAGCCACGAAACCAAGGACUGUGGGGGCCAAAGCUACACUAAUCGUCACCCUACCCACAGUGGUUCCUGUGCAAUUCGAAAGCGCCCACUAUGACGGUAAAAUUGAAAAUAACAACCUUCGUCUCUCGCCGCUGUUGCUCAGUCAGGGUUACGAAGAUUCCGUUGUGACAGCCAGCUUCGUACAGAGCGAAUAUUCUGCAUUCUUCAGUGCCGUCGUUCAGGACAACAUAGUCACAGUGUCAAUGACAGAAUUAGAUCAGACUGCUAUAGACCAGAACAGCUUCAUCAACCUUCAGAUAGUAGCCACUGCUAGGAGCAGCACCGCGACUGCCGUCAUCACCCUGGAGAUUAUAAAAGACGACAAUAUUACUCCAGUUUUCGAGAAGCCAUUUUACACCGGGACCUAUGAUCCUGACAGGAAAUUGAUAAUUGAGCAAAUAUUAUUUAGUCAGGGUUAUGAUGGAGUUGACUCCGUGGCCUUUGACGGAGAACACAAGAGAUUCUUCACAGCGACGCGGAAUGGAGCCCACGUUACAAUAGAAGUAUCAACUAUUCCGCCUGAGUUAUUCAACUUGGGGCACAUAAUAUUGCCUUUGCAAGCUACAAAGCCAAGGACUGUGGGUGCUACUACUGCAGUGAUCAUCACUCUGCCUGCAGGUUCGGAGCCGGAAGAUAAUGUAUCAUUCCAGAACCUCGUCCACCGAGGCACUGUUCAAGACAAUGUCGUCCAACACGAGGAUAUCAGAAUACUUGGUUUCGAUGGAACAACUGUCGACUUACAUGGAGAAUACUCAGACCUGUUCGCGGCGCGUGUCACGAAUGGUUUGGUGUCGGUGGCACUGAAGCUAGAACAGAACCUCCCCGCUGCCGUCACACGCGUAGCCCUUGAGCUCCACGCAAGAAGCGCAAGAGCUGUAUUGCUUCUUAAUGUCUUGGGAUCAGGUAGAUACGGUUUAAAUAAUUAAAUACUCGUAAUUAGA